GGCUCAGUCUGUAGAGUGAAGUGAGACUAUAGACUUGAGCAGGAGGAACAUGAUCGAUAUCAUAAUCAGAAAAGCAUGAAGGAAGGAAGAAGGCGCCUUUGAGAGACGCUCGUGCCAUUGUGUUGUUUGCAACAUGUGAUUGUCUACCAGAUGCAUUGAUACAAUCUAACAUGUCGCACGUUUUGUGGGCGCUCCGGGGGGCGAAUCGAGACGCGCUUGCGGGGCUGAACCUGCCCCCCGGAAAGUUCCGGCUGGAGAAGUGGAUCCCCCAGCAGGCGGUGCUGGCGCACGCGGCGAUCGGUGCCGCCGUACUGCACUGCGGCGGGAAUGGCUUUCAGGAGGCUCUCUACUACGGCGCCCCGGUUCUCUGCCUCCCGUACUUCGCCGAUCAGUUCGACAUGGGCGCGCGGCUCGCGGCCAGCGGCGCGGGGCUGGUUCUCGACCCGGUUACGCUUAACCCACAAGCCGUGGCGGACGCCGUCGCCCGGUUGACUCGACCGGGGAACGCCACAGAGCGGAAUCCGUUCCAGCAGGCGGCGCAGAGAGCCGGGAAGAUCUUCCGGUCGUACGGCGGCGUGAAACGCGCAGCAGAUUUCGUGGAGCACAUUGCGGAGUUCGGUUUGGACCACCUCAUCGUCGAGGCCGCCCGGAUGAGUUUCCUGGUACGUACCGGGGCUGACGUCACCCUCUUCUACCUCGCCCUGGGCACCCUCUCCACCAUAGUUCUCAAUCAAGUGGGGCGCAGCAAACGUGGGCAGUAAGGCCCUCCUAAAUAAACGGCCCGCCAGUUAUUACCAUGUCGGGAAACUUUCUUGUGUAACUGAUUCGGAUUGGGCUGUUCGGAAGGUGCGAAAGGGGCGACCGUUUGGGAGGUACGUCAGGCAAAGGUCCGCCAGACUCCUGCAUCAACAUGGUCGGUUUGCAGAAAGGGCCUGUAAGAUAAUGUUGAGCAGAGAAGUUUCGUACUUCGUUUUUCAACGAAUCUUGUGAACGAUACUAUAGCUAAAGAUUGGACGGGGUCACGUCAAUUCAGUCUGGGUCACUAAAGAGUGGCUGCAAGCUGGAAAUGCUAGUAAAGAGGAA